ACAAAGGCGUAAACUUUGGGCGUGUAUAGACUAACAAUAAUUCUCAAAUCGAAAGCGAAAGAAAGGUUUUGGCGCUGUUCAACACGCUGUCCGUAAGCUGGGAGACGUUGGACGACUUUCAUUUGACUCCCUGGGUAUUUACAUAACUCUACGUUAGUUUGUUGGUAGACGUCGUCUACUAGACGAACCGUAUAAAUAUGGCGUGUAGUAAAUACGAUGUUGGAUAUGAAGACGAACGCUUCGAGCUUGCUGUUAGUCAAAGAUUUCACUGCCCGAUUUGUUUCCUCGUGCUUAAAGACCCAGUAAUGUGUAAGAACCAGCACUACUAUUGCUCCUCCUGCAUUAAAAAGUAUUUGGAAAACUCGGCGUCCUGUCCUACUUGUCUCGAGAAACUCACGGUUGACACGCUAAACGAAGCCUCGAGAAUUGUGAAGGAUUAUCUAUCCGAACUGAACAUUCGUUGCGAUUUUUACCACAGAGGAUGUGUUGAAAUGGUUCAAGUUGGUCACCUAAAAGGCCACGUUGAAAGUUGUGGAUUCUCUCCCGUGAAAUGUUCAAAUGAUGGAUGCAAUUUUAUUGUGAAUCUGAAAGACAAACUUCAUCACGAAGCAGAGGUUUGCGAUUUCCGGAAAUGCACGAAGUUGGGUGUGAAUGACGUGAUGAAACACAUGCUUGCUCGUCAAGAUAGGAUCAAAGACGCGUUAAAACAAGAGAUAAAAGCAGUGAGGGAGGAGAUCAAAGUUGAAGUUCAGGGAAUCGUGAAUAAAACGAAAGAGAGCAUUAGUAACGAAAUGCAAAGAAUGAAAGAAGAUGUUAAAAUGGACGUUCAUUACAAAGUGGAUGAAAUCAUGGAGGAGUUUAAAAGGGAGAUGAAAGAAAUGAAAGAGGAAAUCAAAGUGGAAGUUCGAAAUGAAGUGAGUGAUUCGAAAGAGGAAGUUAAGAAAGAAUUGAAGGGAAUGAAAGGGGAAAUUAAAGCGGAAACAAAGGAAAUGAAAAGUGAAAUGAAAGUGGUGAAAAAUGAGAUGAAGCAGGAAACGAAAGGAAUUAAAACUGGAAUGAAGACAAUUAACAAUGAAACGGCAGCAAUUAAAAAUCAAGUGAAGGAGAUGAAAGAUGUAAUGAAAGGAGUGAAAGAUGUGAUGAAAAAUGAAAUGAAAUUAGUGAAAGAAGAGUUGAGAAGUGGGAAUAAAGAGUCAAAAGAGGAAACGAAAGUGGAUGGAAAAGAUGAAGUGAUAAGCGAAAUGAAAGCAAUGAAAAAUGAAUUGAAGCAGGAAACGAAAGGAAUAAAAAGUGGGGUGAAAGAAAUGAAAAAUGAAAUGAACAAAAUGAAUGAAAGAAUGAAUGAAAGUGUUGUCGUAGAGGCUGAGGCAAUCAGUGAAAUGAGGGCUGAGAUGGGAAGAGAAAUUAAAGAAAUGAAAGAGGAAAUUAAAGUGGAAAUGCAAGAGGAAAUGAAUUCAAUGAAAGCAGAGAUGAAAAAUGAGAUUGCAGAAGUAGUUAUGAACGCGAUGCAAGCGAUGAUCGGCCAAAUGAAGGAACUGCAAGUCGAACGAAAAGAUGAAAGUCAGCCAAAUACAUUAUUUUAAAGAAAAAUAAAUACACGUGCAAAUAGAAGCUAUCUAUGUUAGAUGAAGGGGUUUUUGAGUUUUGAUGAUUAUGAUUAUGAUUAUGGAACUGUUACUAUAGGAGUAUUAGCGAGGUUCAGAUUUCACUUUCCCUUCCUCAGGUUGACCUAUUGCGCUCGUUGAUUGGUCAACCUGAUAGAGCUCUCGCAUUUGAUUCGUCCAUGUUUCCUUACUGAAAAGUAGCGGCAGUUUUUGGUGGAAGUCAAAUCUGAACCUCGCUUCCUCGGGGCGCAUCAGGGUAUAGUUGAAAUAUAACAAUCUUAUAUUUAUAUUUUGUUUUAUAAUUACAUUUUAUAAUAAC